AUGCCAUCAAAUGGCAGAUAUUUCACGGUGGUAAAUAUCGCUGCUAGCGGUGUGGGUGUCCUAUUUUGUCAACUUGUUUAUACCCAAAUAUAUGUACGUAAGAAAAUACAAAAUAAGGUGCGAGAAUUCUCCCAUUACAGAGGUGCUUUCUCGGUUUUAUCAAGACACAAGAAAGCAAUGGACAUGUUGGGUCUACCCUUGACUGUUGGUGAAAUUGAUUUAAUUGAUAGAAGUAAAAAUUACAUAGACGGACGAAAGUCUGAGUUAUGGAUCCCUAUAUGUGGUGAAAGAGAUGGGGGAAUUAUGAUAGUUCGAGCUGAACGUGAUAACGAAGAACAAGAUUUCGAAACUGUACAACUGGAACUCCAACUUGAUGAGGCAGGUUGUAAUAUAGUCAUUUACGAUAAUGGAAAGUGGUCUGGCAAUUUAGCUCUUUUAAACUAUUCAAAUGAUAUUUGUUCCAUACUACCUUCUAGUCAGUUUUGUUGCCAUUUGAAUGCUUGA